AUGGAUCCUGGGAUAGAUGUUGACGCCAAAGUCUCCAAUCCAGACAAACCAAUCAGUGAUGAAGAACAACUCGCAGCCCUCGGCCAUGUCCAAGAACUCCGCCGUGAAUUCUCACUAUGGUCAAUCGUAUGUCUUCAGAUAUCCCUCAUGGCAACCUGGGAGGCGUUGUCCUCGGUUGUUGCCACGGCUCUGACCAGCGGCGGAGCGCCAUGCCUGUUCUAUAACUAUAUUAUAGCCUUAGUCGGUACCAUGUUCAUUGUCUUUUCGCUGGGCGAGAUUGCCUCCAUCUAUCCUACUGCUGGCGGGCAAUAUCACUGGGUCUAUUGCCUCACGCCGGUAUCAUACCAAGCAACUGCAUCUUGGUUUACCGGCUGGAUCUCAAUUGGCGGACAACUGGUGCUUUCCGCCUCCGCAGCCUUCGCAGCCGGAUUGCAACUGCAAGCCCUUAUCACCCUGAACUCUUCCAACUCAUAUACACCAGCUCGAUGGCAAGGGAUGCUUUUUUAUUGGCUCAUAUUGGCCUACUCAACCGCUCUCAAUAUCUGGGGUUCCAAGAUCUUGCCUCACACCAACACAACGGCCGGUGUGUUACAUGUCCUCGCAUUUCUCGUCAUCGUCGCUGUCUUGGGAGGGAUGUCUGAGAAACACUCUGCGAGCUACGUCUUCACCGAAUUUUCCAAUACUAGUGGGUGGGACAACAAUGGGGUUUCUUGGCUCGUAGGACUGCUGAGCACUGUUUAUCCUUUUCUUGGAUAUGAUGCAGCCUGUCACUUAAGCGAAGAAAUCCCGAAGCCUUCCCGCAAUGUGCCGUUAGCUAUGAUUGGCAGUGUUGCCAUCAAUGGACUGAUCGGCCUGGUGUAUGCGAUUAUUCUAUUGUUCUCUCUAGGAGACCUAGAAUCCUUGCUACAAUCCAAGACUGGGUUCCCCUUCAUGCAGCUCUUUUUGAAUGUCACUGGCUCCCCAGGUGCUGCAUCAGUGCUGACGCUCUGCAUCACUUUGAUCGCGAUGGCUGCUAAUGCCGCAGGCGUGACGUCUACUAGCCGUACCGCCUGGGCAUUCGCACGCGACCGCGGCUUGCCAGCAUCUGGAUUCUUUUCGGAAGUGAGUCCUACAAGGAAGGUCCCGGUGCGUAUGAUCCUUGUGGUGGGCUUUCUUCAGAUGCUACUGGGUUUGAUCUAUCUCGGGAGCUCAACGGCCUUCAAUGCAGUAUUAUCUAUGGCUAUUCUGGGAAUGUAUGCCUCAUACCUUUCCCCCAUUGUGUUCAUGUUAAUAUAUGGCCGCCGAAACUCUGCGCCAAUUGCCCGGGGAUUUGGUUCGGGUUCAUUCAACUUGGGCUCGCGAUGGGGGCCCAUCAUCAACAUCACGGCCGUCCUCUGGCUUAUCGUCGCGAUGAUUUUCAGUACUUUCCCUACGGUCAAGCCGGUUACCCCAGAUAAUAUGAAUUACUGUAUUGUGGUGACAAUGGGCUGGAUGAUGAUCGGGGGGAUUUAUUAUUACCUGGCAGGGGGAAAGAGAACAUUCACUGGUCCAGUGGUGGAGCUGGCCGAGGGUCUGUGA